AUGGGCUAUUCACUUGCGUUGUUGGUUGUAGGCGCUGCAUUGUUAGCCAGCCAUCUUUACCCAUGGAUACAUCUUUCGGGAUACCUCACCACGAUAGAACCUACCGACAAUAAGCAAUGUCAAAGAAUUGAGGGACCACUUGGUUUCAGAAACUGCGAGGACAUUAUUAUUGCCGCACCUGGUAUUGCUUACACUAGCUGUGAUCCUGCACGAGACUAUGACAACAUGGUGAUGGAUGUACAUCGACCUAAGGAACGUGAAGAGCAAGGUCACGUGUGGCGUAUUGAUUACAUGUCGGAUCCUCCCACUGUGCGCAAGAUUUUUGAAGGAUCUUCGGAUUUUCACCCAUUGGGAAUGACUUUGGACAAGGAUCGCUUAUAUAUCAUCAAUCUCGCGCAUCAUGCACCUGCAUCUGUUGAAGUGUUUGAAAUAGUGUCCGAUGCACUACGCCAUGUGCAGACCAUUCGUCAUCCAUUUAUCCAUACACCCAACAGCAUUUCAUCAUGGGGCAACGAUGGAUCCUUUUUCUUUACAAACGACCACCAUUUUAUUCGUGGUAUUCCCAAAGUCAUUGAAAACUAUGCACGUAUCCCACUUGGUAGUCUUGGAUUUUACAAUGCAACAUCGCAAGAAGCUUACAAGGUCAAGGGUGGUUUAUUGUUUCCCAAUGGCGUGGAGUGUGACAAGAGCCAGUCUACUGUAUUUGUUGCCGAAACGUACAAGAUGGAGGUGAAAAAGUAUGCUGUUGUUGUUCAAGAAGAAGAUGGCAAGUUGCAAGUAUCAGCAGCGGCGGUGGAUCAAAUCAAGGUGCCUGGCACUUCAGUCGACAAUUUGCAUUACGAUAAAGUUUCAGGAGAUCUAAUCAUUAGUGGUCAUCCAAAUGGGCUUGCUUUGGUCAAAAAGUGUCAACAUGCUACAGAACAAGAAAAUGUACCCAUGCCCCCCUCCCGUAUCGUCGUAUGGCACACUACUAGUACUACUACCACACAUACGCAAUCAAAGAUGGAAACCGUGUUUGAAGAUGAUGGUACCACAUACGGCUCAGCGUCCACAGGUGCAACAGACCACAAGAAUAACAAGCUGCUCAUUUCUGGACUCUAUGAAAAGGGCAUCAUGAUAUGUGACCGAUCACUGUAA